CGGGAAUCAAGUGUGCAGUUUUUGCAAACCGAUCACAGUGGACAGUAAUAGUUACAGGCUAAGUAGCCUACUCAUAUCUCAUUAGUGUACAUCCCUCAGUCGCCACCAGAUGGAUGCUGAAACUAGCCGUGGGAACAUAGCGAGGGAAGGGAGGGUACGAGGUACCCAUGAUGACCAAGGAUGCGAGGCGAGACACUCAGGUGAUACUGGCUAAGCAUAAUUCCCACCUUCAAUAGGGGGAGCAUCGUCACGAAAUGAGCCUUGGGCGACGUGAAGUGAGAGAUUCGUCUCUCAUAUCCAAGUCGAAAGAAGACCAUGAAAGCAGCAGUCAAGAGCUCUGAAAAGAGGUAUCGUCCAGUGGAUACUUCUGGAAUUCUCAUACUCUAAACGUUGUCUGGCCGGCGUUGAAUGACGAGUCGGGAUGGCAGGUGGACGGCGAGGACUUGUGGCCCCUCAAAACACUUUUCUCGAAAAUAUUGUUAGACGGUCUAACGAUACAAACUUUGUUCUUGGUAAUGCCCAGAUUGUGGACUGGCCCAUUGUGUACAGCAACGAUGGCUUCUGUAAGCUGUCUGGAUACCAUCGUGCCGAGGUUAUGCAGAAGAGUAGCACCUGCAGUUUCAUGUAUGGGGAGCUCACAGACAAAGACACCAGUGAGAAGGUGCGACAGACCUUCGAGAAUUAUGAGAUGAACUCCUUUGAAAUUCUAAUGUAUAAGAAGAAUCGUAUGCCCGUGUGGUUUUUUGUCAAGAUCGCUCCAAUAAGGAACGAGCAAGACAAAGUGGUUUUGUUCCUGUGCACCUUCAGCGACAUCACUGCGUUUAAGCAGCCCAUUGAGGAUGACUCCUCCAAAGGGUGGGGUAAAUUUGCUCGCCUGACACGAGCGUUGACGAGCAGCAGAGGAGUGCUGCAGCAGCUGGCGCCAACGGUCCACAAGGGCGAGAAUGUCCACAAGCACUCUCGACUGGCUGAGGUACUACAGCUGGGCUCAGACAUCCUUCCUCAGUACAAGCAGGAAACCCCAAAGACCCCUCCCCACAUCAUCCUCCACUACUGCCUCUUCAAGACCACAUGGGACUGGGUCAUCCUCAUACUGACCUUCUACACCGCCAUCAUGGUGCCCUACAACGUUUCCUUCAAGACCAAGCAGAACAAUGUUACGUGGCUGGUGGUGGACAGCAUCGUGGACGUCAUCUUUCUCGUUGACAUCGUGCUCAACUUCCAUACAACGUUCGUGGGCCCGGCGGGAGAAGUCAUCUCUGACCCAAAGCUGAUCCGUAUGAACUAUGUCAAAACGUGGUUCGUAAUCGACUUGCUCUCCUGCCUGCCUUAUGACGUCAUCAAUGCCUUUGAGAAUGUUGAUGAGGGUAUCAGCAGUCUCUUCAGCUCCCUCAAAGUGGUCCGACUGCUGCGGCUGGGCCGCGUGGCUCGCAAGCUGGAUCACUACAUCGAGUACGGGGCCGCUGUCCUGGUCCUGCUGGUUUGCGUGUUCGGCCUGGCGGCCCACUGGCUGGCCUGCAUCUGGUACAGCAUCGGAGACUACGAGGUCAUCGACGAGGACACCAACAGCGUGCGGGUGGAUAGCUGGCUCUACCAGUUGGGGGAGUCUGCGGGGACGCCGUAUCGCUUCAACGCCACGGGCUUGGGGAGGUGGGAGGGCGGGCCCAGCAAGGACUCGGUGUACAUAACGUCCCUCUACUUCACAAUGACCAGCUUGACGAGUAUCGGUUUUGGGAACAUCGCUCCUACCACAGAUGGAGAGAAGAUCUUCGCUGUGGCGAUGAUGAUGAUUGGAUCACUCUUGUAUGCCACUAUUUUUGGUAACGUCACCACCAUCUUCCAGCAGAUGUACGCCAACACGAACCGUUAUCACGAGAUGCUCAACAGUGUCCGUGACUUCCUUAAACUCUACCAGGUGCCCAAGGGCCUCAGUGAACGAGUCAUGGACUACAUAGUCUCCACUUGGUCCAUGUCCAGAGGCAUAGAUACUGAUAAGGUGCUGCAAAUCUGUCCCAAGGACAUGCGAGCGGAUAUUUGCGUCCACCUCAACAGAAAGGUAUUUAAAGAGCACCCAGCCUUCCGGCUGGCCAGCGAUGGGUGCCUCAGGGCUCUGGCCAUGGAGUUCCAGACGAUCCACAGCGCCCCAGGAGACCUGAUUUACCAUGCUGGUGAAAGUGUAGACAGCCUUUGCUUCGUGGUUUCUGGGUCUUUGGAGGUCAUCCAAGAUGACGAGGUGGUGGCCAUUUUAGGAAAGGGGGAUGUGUUUGGGGAUAUAUUCUGGAAAGAGGUGACCCUUGCCCAGGCAUGUGCCAACGUGAGGGCGUUGACCUACUGUGACCUGCACAUCAUCAAACGCGAUGCCCUGCAGAAAGUGCUGGAGUUCUACACAGCCUUCUCAAACCACUUCUCUCGCAACCUGCUGCUGACCUAUAACCUUAGGAAGAGGAUUGUUUUCCGAAAGAUCAGUGAUGUAAAACGCGAAGAAGAGGAGAUGCUCAAGAGGAAGAAUGAGGCCCCACUAAACUUACCCCCGGACCACCCAGUUCGUCGCCUGUUCCAGCGAUUCCGGCAACAAAAAGAGGCUCGUCUGGCUGCUGAGAGGGCCAGCCAAGGGGAAUCUGAUGUGGAGAAAGGUACCAUCAUUCUGGAACAAACAAGGGUACCGGAAGUUUUGGCCUCAACUAGCAUAAUCAUGGUGACAGAAAGCCCUGCCACUCCAACAGCCUCUUCCACAUCUGCAUCCACUUCCUCAAGGACCUCUAGCAGAGUCAUCCUUCAUGCCCCUGCCAUCCAGAAUGGCAAUCUUGUCGGUUGCAAGUCUGCUGAGCCGCCAAAGGCUAAAGGCUGGGGGCGUUUCAAGGAAUCUGUUGUAAAAGCGGAAUCGUGGAGCAGUGUUUCCAAAGCAGAGUCAAUGGAGACACUACCAGAUAGGACUAAGUCCCAUGAUGAGAUGUCCCUCAAGAAAACGGACUCUUGUGACAGUGGCAUCACUAAGAGUGACCUGCGUCUGGACAAUGUGGGCGAUGCCCGUACACCACAGGAGAGAAGCCCUGUACAGUCGGAAGCAAAGCAAGUCUUUUGUCCAAUACCUGAACAAACCAUGCAUGCCUCUUUCUUGGAGCUCAAGCAGGAACUUAGGGGAGAUAUUCGAUCUCUAAAUGGCCGGAUGGCUACACUUGAAACCCAGUUGGCCGAAAUGCUUCGAUUGCUCAAAUCAAGAAAGAGUUCUGGUUCCUUUUUUGAAAUAUCUAGACCAGCAUCACCUGAUUCAGAUAAAUAUGACAGCUUCUCGUAAUAUGCAUGUAAAUGCAUGUAAUAUGCAUGUAUUAUCAGUCCAUGGAACUUGGAACAAGUAAAUGUAUCUAGACAUUUGGCCAUUGUGUCACAUGUUGCACAUUGGUGUGAGAAAAGGAAGAAAAUGUGCAUUGUUUUGCAGAUACAGUAAAUUCAAUGAUGCUUUGUGUAGUUAUGAUCACAUUUCUUAUGAUCACUAGCUGGAAAUGCACAUGUUGAGAUCUGCACUUUGAGGUACAUUUACAAUUCUAUGGGUCUCCUUUUUAAAAGGUUAAAAUAAUACUAUAUAAAAUGGUUACAUUUACAUGUUUUCAUUCAUUUUGUUAGAAUGACUAACAUUAUGUAAUUAUAUUUCUCAUUUAUCAGCAAUAAAAAUCAAUUACAUAUAAUUGAUUUUAUUUCAACCGUUGAGUUAAAUGAGGUAAAGUAAAGACUUUUAACUGUAAGGCCUGUCCUGUAUAUUAAUAUUAAUGUUACCCUAUUCAAGUGGGAAGCCCUAUUCUAAAGUGGUAAUGCCAAUACAUGAAUCCGUUUUCCUUCUUGGUAAAUACAUUAUGUUGGACAUUGUUCACUUUUUUAAUACAAAGGUUUGGAAAUCACUUCGUCAAAGGUCAAGCAGGAAAUUCCUGUGGAUAGAAUCUGGUAUAAAAAAAAAGUGUAUAAAAAAAAGUGUAAUUUACAUUUCCGCGUUAAGUGAAGUUGGGCUGUGUGGCUGUUUACAAUCCUUGUAAGGACUCGCAUUACCCUUGUGUUUUUAGAUUGACCCUUGCCUUCAGAACUGGGUUGCAGACGUUUUUUACCAUGCUUUCUACAUUGCAGAGUGAGAAAGCCCAGGAAUGGGGUUAAGUUGGUUACAUUGAAAUUGAAUCAAAGUACAUUUGAAAUCCAUCUAUGAUAUGAAAGGACAGGCUGAAGAAAAACAUAUUUUAUAUAUGUAUAUUUCAACUGUAUUGGUGGUAAACCUAAACAAUGUUUUCAUGUGAUACCAAAAAUACACAGCUAUAUCAAAGUGUCCAGCUUUAAACUGGUUUAGGUACAGUAUGUUGGUUUUGUUUUGUUAUACUUUUCUCAAUCUCAAAUCACUAACGUUCGUAUGUUUGAUAUUAUAGUAAAAGCAACCUUUGCACAAAACAUUUGUAUCAUAAAAAGAUUUGCUUGUUAUUUGCA